CGAUGUCGCCCGCCUUGUCGCGUGAUGCGCUGAAGGCCAAACUCCGCGCCAGGACCAAGACGGCCAAGGGGCUUCAGAGGAGUCGGAACCGCAUGUUUGAUCGCGCCACCCGCAAGACUGGCACGAUCUUAGACCUCAAGGCGGAGAACCGCAACCUCAAGACCCAGCUCAAAGAUACUCUCAAGCUCAUGCGCUCCCUCAUUCAGGCGAACGCCAAGCUCAAGGCAGCAGCCGACAAGCAGGCAGCCACGGUGACUGAGUUGAAGAAGGGGAAGGCUGCCGCGGAGUCGAAAGUGAAGAAGCUGCUCACGCCGAAGGCGAAGGGCAAUGGCACCAACCCCGAGGGGCCCGCCACCGUGAAGGGGCACGGCAAGUGGGCGCAGCCGCAGGACACGCAGCGCGCCAAGACAGCUCCGGUGGCGGCUAGGGACCCGCACGAGCUCCGCCGCAUGAUUGCCCACAUCAGUUCGCCUACCCUUGCCUAAGUACAGCAUCGUCCGCGAGCAGCGCUCGCUGAUCGAGGCGGAUUCGGAUGGCACUGUGCACUCCGUCGGGAUCAAUGUGGGCAAGCGCCGUGGCGAGUUCCUGAGAUACCCGUAGCUUAAGAGUUCGAGCUCUCGGCUUUAGGACAUAGGAGUUGCUGGGG